ACCCUAAUUAAGCUGUCGAGCAGAACAGCGGAGGAGCUCGUCUUUGUUCGUAUUUCUCUCAGAAAACUCCAUCUUGUGUGGAAAUUGUUGCUAAAAUGGCUACUCCAAGUCCAAUUCCCGCCGGCAUUAGUAAGGAACAGGCUUUUAGCAUGGCACAAACGGAGAUGGAAUAUCGAGUGGAACUCUUUAACAAGCUUGCUCAAACAUGCUUUCGUAAAUGUGUGGAUAAUAGGUACAAGGAAGCUGAGUUAAACAUGGGUGACAACAGUUGCAUUGACCGUUGUGUUUCCAAGUAUUGGCAGGUAAAUGGAAUGGUCGGACAGCUUUUAAGUGUUGGCAAGCCUCCCAUGUAGAAGCAGUGAUAGACCAAAUCUCAUGUAGAGACCAAAAGAAACUCUGUUCUCUUUUUUCUCUUUCUUUCUAAAGUUUAAGGCAAUGUUGUUUUUAUAUUGUCAACAAAGUUCCCAGUGAACCCAUUAUUUCUAAAGGGUGAAUGAAUAAUUAGUAUUUUUACAUUGA